AUGACAAACGUCCCGCUUGGUCCUGGAGGCUGGCACUACGACUUGGGCCACCGCAUUUGCAUCACGGGGCUGGGGGCGAAGGCGACCAAGACCCGCCUCCAGGCGGCUUUUGGGGACUACGGCCACAUCAUCAAGAUCGAGACGCCCCUCAAUGGGACGGCAGUGUACAUCUCCUAUAAGGACAAGCGCGAUGCGGAGGAUGCAGUGAAGUAUAUGGAUGGGGAGAAGCUCGACGGAACGAAGAUCACGGUGUCACGGGCUGACAACCGGCCACCAAUCAGGGGAAAGAAGGAUGAGGCUGCGGCCCCAAAGAAGGAUGAAAAACGAGAGGAGGAAAAAGAAAGAAAGCGGCCAGACACAAAGCCCGCGCCCCGAGAACGAAGCAGAGGCCCUUUCCGAGGGCCGGGGGACUGUGCUGCCGUCUCGCUGCUGAGCCAUUCCAUUUUCUUCGCACUUGAGAAGUCCACAGAGUCCGCAACCCUGGAGGCCGUCUGCACCGUUUCUACACCCCCCCGACCCUGGACCUGCAUGGCCCGGCAGAGCUUCUGA